AUGGUCUCUGCCGAAUUCACCGCAAAAGCCGACGCUGUCCAAAACUUGACUACCAAGCCUUCCGAUGAUGAAUUAUUAAAAUUGUACGGUUUGUACAAGCAAGCCACCGUUGGUGAUGUCAACACUGACAGACCAAGUGCUUUUGACUUCAAAGGUAAGUACAAAUGGGAUGCCUGGAAGGCCUUGGAAGGUAAAUCUCAAGAAGAUGCUGAAGCUGAAUACAUUGAAUUUGCCUCCAGCUUAAUUGAAAAGUAUAACUAA